CAUGAUGGGAGGAGCGGCGGUCCAGGUGCUCCAGCCAACCGUGUGCUCAGACGAUCAUCAGAAGAAGAUAGUGGGCCGGAGGAAAGUGUGCGUGUGGGGUGUUGCGAAGGGCAGGGCGCGAUCACAGUCGGGUUAUUGUUCUGAUUUAACCGCUGCGAUCUCCUCACGAAGAGUCUCCACUGGCAUCUCAUGGGCUUGGAAAUACUGUGCUUUUGAUAUACAGCGGAUCUGCCUGCGUGGAUAAUGUUCAAGAAGAGCAAGAGCAAAGUUCUGGUAGAUGAAGCGUCAGAGGAGGACGACGUGUCGUGGCAUCACGAGCACGCGAGGAAGGAUAAAGACUCCGAGGGAACAGAGGAAGUUCUGAGCCCCUCAACAAAGGAUUCAAAGUUAAAGAAGGUUAAAUCAAAGAGAGAAAAAGGAGACAAAAAGUUGUUUCCAUCACAGGACGAUGAACACAUCUUGCUGACAGGAGUCACUGUCUCUCACAGAAGAGGGUCUGCUAAGAAAAACUGGGAGGACGACAAGAGCAAACCGCACUCAGAAAAAGACAAAGCGCACUGUCUAUGGGACAGCAUCACCAUGACGAUGAAGCAAAUCACACCUACGAAAAAGAUUGAUAAGAUGGAGGGCUGGGAACCACCUCAGCUGAACGACGGAAAGGAGGAGGAAAAAGAUGAGCCGGAGAAGAAGAGGAACGACUCGUCCCCACCGUCUCUGUCAUUGUCUCUGCCGCAUUCUCUGGGUUUGCCGUCCUGGGUUGGCUUGGGUUUGGAGGAGGACUCGUCUCGCUACGCUAGUUUGACUGAGUCACAGACUGGCGGCCCUGCCCAGUGGGCGGCCCGGGCACGAGAUAAAUUAGCCGCCGUCCGUCGCAGAAGUCCAGCCAGCCUAUCAGACAGCAGUUGGGAGGGGCUUAAAUGAUUUAGUAUUAGCAUCUGUUAGAAUGGCCACGCCCCCUUGUAUACAACUCUAAUUGGACAGCCCACAUAUGUGAAAAGUAGGACCCUCAAACCAAGAGUGCCUGCUCCCAAUGCCUGUCAGUCCCAAAUAUUUUCACUUUUUAAUUUGAUAUGAAAUUCUUUUCCAACUUUUGAAUGAAGCUCCUUCAGAGAAAUCACUGGAUGUACUCUCAGUUGGUGUCUGACGUCACUGACGAUUUCUAGAUUACUUUUAAAGGCCAUUUAAACACUUAAAGGGAUAGUUCACCCAAAAAUGAAUUUACUUCACCCUCAUGGUGUUCCAAACCUGUAUGAAUUUCUUUCUUCUGCUGAACACAAAAGAAGAUAUUUUAAAGUAUGUUGGUAACCAGAC